AUGAGUGGACAUUCCCCUCGUGUAGCAGUCAUCGGCGCUGGAAUCAGUGGCGUGGUGACGGCCGGCCAUCUUCUGGAAGCGGGUAUUGAAGUGACGGUUUUUGAAAGAAACCACGCCGCCGGUGGAGUCUGGCUCUACGACAAGCGGACACCGAUCGAGGUACAAUACCCGGCUGCCAGGCCGUCGGAUGCAGAGCAGCAUGUGGAGGAUGGCCGAGACAAGAUAGAGAGGCAGUUUCUGUUACAUGCACCACCAGGACCGUGCUACGAGAGUCUCACAAAUAAUGUGCCGACGCCAUUGCUGCGCACCAAGCUCAAUGCGUGGCCUGAAGGCACCGCGCCAUUUGUCAAGCAUAAUGUCCUCAGAGAAUAUAUUCAAGACACGUCCAAGAAGGCUGGCGUUGAUGCAGUGACACUCUAUGGGACUCGAGUAACGAAAGUCUACAAAGACGGAUCGACGUGGCAAGUCCGUUGGUCUUCAUUGCACAACAACACCCAGACGGCUAGUUUAGCGGAAAAGCAAGAAGCAUCUACAUUCGAUUCCGUUGUCAUUGCGUCGGGCCACUACCACACACCUCUUAUUCCCGAUAUCCCAGGCCUACCAGAUGCCAAAGCCAAAUGGCCCUCGAGGAUCUUUCAUUCCAAGUCCUUUCGAAGGUCUGAAGGGUUCAAAGGAAAGAAUAUCCUGUUGGUUGGAGGCGGCGUGUCUUCCUUGGAUAUUGCUCGAGAAAUAAGCCCCUUCGUGCAUCAAAUCCACCAGAGUACCCGUGGCGGUGCCUUUGAUUUCCCGUCCAGCGCACUACCCGCAAAUGCCACGAGAAUCAGCGAGAUUGCGGCAUUGGAACUGAUUUCAUCUGAAACGGUCCAAGAAAACGAGCAUUUGGCAUUGACUAUUCACCUCAAGUCAGGCGAAACACUGCCUGAUAUCGACCAGAUCAUUCUCUGCACAGGCUAUCAAAUGGUGCUCCCGUUUCUGGCCGAAUAUAACAAUCAUGAUCUGCCCGUGACCGAGGCCAACGAGUCUGUUCUUGUCACGGAUGGUACCCAGGUGCAUAACCUGCACCGCGACAUCUUUUAUAUUCCGGAUCCAACGCUGUCGUUUGUGGGGAUUCCGUUCUAUACAGCUACGUUUACUCUUUUUGAGUUCCAGGCUAUUGCCGUGGCUGCAUUUGUUUCUGGAGUCGCGCAAUUGCCGUCGACAAAAGCCAUGAGGGACGAAUAUACAGAUCGAGUCAAGGCUAAGGGAUAUGGGCGGAAGUUCCAUUCCUUGAGAGAGGAAGAGCGGCCCUACGUGAAGGGUCUAGUGGAUUGGGUUAAUGCUGCGAGAGUGGCCCGUGGCCUUUCGUUGGUUGAGGGUCAUACUCCGACUUGGAUACAAGAAAAGGAGGCCCAUUUGGAGAGACUCAAUCAGGUUCUCAGCGGCAAUACACAGACCGAGACUCCUGAGACUCGUGUUGAGGGGCCGAUCGAAGUGGAUGUUGCUGUUUAA